UGUUUUUGUUGCUGAGGUGGUGAGGAAGAAGAUAUAAAAGUUAGGGUUUCUUGUGAUUGAGAUCUGAGUAGAGUAGUAGAAGAAGAAGAAGAAGAAGAAGAAGAAGAAGAAGAAAGGGCAGAUUGAUGGGAGAAGAAGAAGAAUCAGCUCUCCUCCUAUCCCGCAGCAAGCGUUCUUCUUCCACAUUCACUUAUUGCAUUCUCCUCUUGAUCGCUUCCAUGUUCCUCCUCGCCGUCUACUUCUCCUCCUCAGAAACCGCCAAGCUCCACCACCCCGUGGUGAUCCUCAUUUCCUCCGACGGCUUCCGUUUCGGGUACCAGUUCAAGGCCCCCACUCCGAACAUCCGCCGUCUGAUCCAAGACGGCACCGAGGCCGAGAGCGGCCUCAUCCCUGUCUUCCCCACCCUCACCUUCCCCAACCACUACUCCAUCGUCACCGGCCUCUACCCUCCCCACCACGGCAUCGUCAACAACGUCUUCUUCGACCCCCUCACCGGCCAACAAUUCACCAUGCAAAGCCACGAGCCCAAGUGGUGGCUCGCCCAACCCCUCUGGGAGACCGUCCUCCUCAACAACCUCUCCGCCGCCACCUACUUCUGGCCUGGCUCCGAGGUUCACAAAGGCCCCUGGACUUGCCCUACAGCCUUUUGUCAACCCUACAACGGAUCUGUCCCCUUUCAGGACAGAGUAGACACUGUUCUCAACUAUUUCGAUUUACCCUCUCAUCAAAUUCCUUCUUUUAUUACUCUCUAUUUUGAGGACCCUGACCAUCAGGGUCACCGGGUUGGUCCUGAUGAUUCUGAAAUCACUCAAUCCGUUGCCAGAAUUGAUGCCAUUAUAGGGAGCCUCAUUCAGGGUUUGGAACAAAGAGGGGUUUUUCAGGAUGUUCAUAUUAUCAUGGUUGGUGACCAUGGCAUGGUUGGUACCUGCGAUACAAAGCUUGUCUUUUUGGAUGAUUUGGCGCCUUGGAUCCAGAUUCCACGAGAUUGGGUCCAGUAUUUUACUCCAAUACUCUCUAUUCGUCCUCCUCCUUCUGUUGAUCCGGCACAUGUUGUUGCUAAGAUGAAUGAAGGGUUGAAUUCGGGAAAAGUUGAGAAUGGGGCCAAAUUGAAGGUUUAUUUGAAGGAGGAUUUGCCUGAGAGGCUUCAUUACUCGGACAGUGAUCGGAUUCCGCCCAUAAUUGGUUUGGCGGAUGAGGGUUUUAAGGUUGAGCAGAACAGAACUGGUAAGAAGGAAUGUGGCGGUGCACAUGGUUAUGACAACGCCUUUUUCUCAAUGAGGACUAUAUUUAUUGGACAUGGUCCUAGGUUUGCAAGAGGGAAGAAGAUACCCUCCUUUGAGAAUGUUCAGAUUUAUAAUUUGGUUACUUCCAUUCUUGACAUCAAGGGUGCGCCUAAUAAUGGCUCUGACUCGUUUCCGGAUUCUGUUCUUCUGCCUCCUGCAUGAAUAAUAAAAGGAGAUGUAGUUGUUGUUAUGUAGGGAUUUUUGGUGUAUUUUAUUUUUUAUUAUUAAAACAGGAGUUCUAUUUCAGUAAUCCUUGAUGAUCUUUUAAUGCAAACUUUUAUUACGCGAAUUGUUGAGAUGAAACUUCAUUUCUGAUUGAAAAACAGCACCAAAAGCACCUAUGGAACUUUGUCCCAAUUCCUAAAUAAAACUCUGGUAGAUAGAUGGUCAAGCAAGCUGCAUGAGAUGGUAGUGAAAUUUCUAGUUUUAGGAGA